CUUCAGAAGUUCUUCUGAGGACGUCAGUCUGUGUUUCAUGUUUAGUGUGAACAAGCUUCUCUUGUUUCAACUUAUCUGAAGAACGAUAAGAAGCAGCAGUUUCUGUUGCCGGUGAACUCGAGAGAAGAGCAACCAGUUGCUGCUGCCUCAAGCAUCGACCAAGUUGGCUCUUCUUGAAGUCUUCUGCAAAAUGGCUUCCUCAGCACCUGUUAUUUCUUCAAAUGACUUCAAAACCUUCAAAAUGACCUUGUUUGUGAGGAGGUACGGAAAGAAGGUGGUUCACCUCAUAUACACCUUCCACUUUCUCCACGGGCAACACAGGAGCAUCCUAGAGAUUCUCACCGACAACCAAGUUCCACUUCAAGGGAGGAGAUGUCCUUUCAAUGUCCAGGAAAUAACAAAUCUUACAGAUAAGCUUCCAGAAGAUCUGGACAUCACAUUGAUGAACAAAGUCUGCCAGGCUCUUUGGCAAAAGGGGGUGAAUGACCCUGGUGAUGAAUUAAAAGGGUUAUUAAAAAAGAUCAAAGAUGAGAGGAACUUUGUUAGCCAUGAAGAGCCUCAUAUGUCAGAACUAGAAUUGGAAAGUAAACUCAGAGACUUUCAAGCAACGCUCGAGGAAACUCUUGAGAAAAUCAAGUCUCUCUUUCCAUCUCACGGUUCUGACACUGACCAGCUUAAAGCAGAGAUCCAAGAUGCUCUUCCAAAGCUCCUAGAAAAGGUCCGUGAGAAAUAUGAUCCCUCAAACCCCCAGGAUGUACAAAGGCUUAAAGAUGAAAUAGGAGAGUUUAGGAGUGAGUUCUAUGACUUGAUACAAGAAUCAUCUGAAGCAGAACUCCUGUCUCUUAAUGAACGCCUCUGUCAGAUUUUGCCCUACGACUGGCUGGCUCAGUAUGGUACUACAGAUCCAGGGCAGAUUAUGGUAUCUUUACAAGUUGAAGAUGAUCAGGAGUUAAAUAAAGGUCUCCAUGGCAAUAAAAGCAUCAUUGUAAAUCAAAAAGAAAUCUUCAACAUCAAAGACCGAAUGGGAAAAGACCCUGAAGUUGUGAUUAUAUCUGGCGAUGCAGGUUCUGGAAAGACCACAAUUCUUUGUUCCUAUGCAGAGGAAUGGUGCAAGAAGACGAUGGAUGUGCCAGAACUCUCUUCCUUCCCAUUUCUGCUCUGUAUGCAGUUCAGGAAUCAUGACCACGACAACUUUGAUGACUACCUUAAAAACUUGGUCACAAAAACUGUUGCUCUAUUUCCCUUUGACCUUGUCAGAUCAGUUGUCCUGGAUUCAAAGUGCUUGGUCUUAUGUGACGGCUAUGAUGAGGCCAAUGAAAAAUCUAAGAAUCUAUUUGAAGAUAUGUUAGCCCUUAAUUCAAAUAAGAUGAAGUUUGUUGUCACAACACGUCCAGGGAACACCGAGGGACUAACAAAAAUUGUGAACAAAGGAAAACGUUCCAGAAUCAACCUCAAGGUUUCAGGUCUUCAGGAAGAAGAUAUGAAAUUGCUCACAGAAAAGCUCAUUGGCCACCUGAUAAAGGAUGAUGUCACCCAACAGGAGCAAACAAAAAAGGAGCUGCUUCAGAAAAUAGAGGAAAUGAACACUGACACUAGAACCAUCCUGCAAACCCCACUGUAUUUCAACCUGUUCGUUCUCCUUUACAUUGAGUGUCCAGAUCUAAGGGAUGAAAUGAGCACCAGGACAUCAGUCUACUUACAGCUGAAAAGGCACAAGAUCAAGAGAAUCUCUGACAAGACAGGAAUUUCUGAAGAACUGCUGGAGAAAUUUGAUGUACUGUACAGAAAAUGGUCCCUGAAACAUUACACGGAAGACAAAUAUGAAUUCUCCGAGGCAGAUGUAAGAAGCUUUGAAGAGGAGAUUAAGCAAGCGUUACCUGAAAAAGUAUUUCAGAACUUUGAUCCCAUCAUGUCGUCCUAUUUCUCCAUAAAGAAAACAAAGAAGCACCUGGACAUUGUAAGGGUCUACUGCCACAGACACAGAAGUGAGCAGGAGUUUGCAGCUGCAGGCAGUAUCUGUGAUGACAUCGUCGCAUCAAGUGGAAGGACGCAAGGAGAGAACAUUGUCCUAGACAUCAUCACAUCAAGUGGAAGGACGCAAGGAGGUGGAAGUGAUCCAAGACAGUUAUUUAUGAGAUUCAGAGGUGUGAUUUCCUUCAUACCAGGAAUACUUUGUGGUACUGAGAGAGAUGUGUUGCAUGAUACAAUAGAGGAGAUUCAUGAACUCUAUGUAUCAGACUCACUCUCUUUUGGUAUACAUGAUGGUCUUUUGGACCCAUGUAUUGAAACCAGACUGGACGAUAAGGUUUUGGAAUCACUUGUGUCACAGAUGAGAAAAACAUUGCUGAAGGACCGAGUAAGAUUUGAAGAGCCAAGAGUCUUUAUGUCCUACCGUCCUUGCCUUGCCUCAAAACUGAGGCCCAAAGGCGAUUAUAUUGAAAUUUGUUAUUUCAAAUGUAACAAUACAUGUGUCACAACUCAGUGA